CUAUCAUUCGUCCUCGCGCGCUGGACCUCACCUUUCGUCCUUUCGUCACUGCACCACUCCGCUCCUGCACUGUGACUUUCGCAUGGAUGCACCUCAACCCUCCACAACGCUCCGUCCACCACCUCACCAGUACCUUGCCGGUACACUCGUAGCGUCCAUCCUCUCCGCCCCCGUCUCCACAGAGCAAUAGACCUCGACUCAAACCCCCAUCCUUCGACCUCUCAUCAACUGCGUUAUCAUGAUAAUCGAGCUGUCCUGCGCCGCAUUUUAGCACCCCCGACGAGUCUCGUUUCCUCCGUGCCGUUGAAGCCCUUUUGGUAGAGCGAAAUAAACCUUGACACCCGGAUUCAUCCGUUAGACCAUCUCCGCGCCCCUCGUAAUAGUGCGACUACUCGACCUGAACUUCUUGUCCCCAGCACGCCAUUUCGAAGCCGAUUGCCCGUUGCACCUGGCCACCUUGUCGUCCCCCAGACCGAGGCCGACCACCUUUGACGAUUCGUUCGAUACUCCAACGUUGACGCCAGGGAAGGGACAUAGUUGCCGCCAAUUACUUAUCCUGAGAAGGUCCGACUGCGGCUUCUCGGGGCUUUCGCGAAGCUCCUGUUGCGUAAUAGACGUUACAGGUACGCCGAGCUCGCCGACUACUUUACGAUCCUCGACCCCUCACCAUGACAAACCCAUUCCAUGCUUCUGCACACCAUAUCGAUACAAACACACCCGCGGGAAGCUCUGGUCUUCUCCCACGCCGCUUCCCCUACGCUUCAAUCGUCUCGGGGGCUCCGCCACACCACAACCCACCCUACCUCUCGCACCCCGGCCGAACUUCGGUCAUCUCCCAGAUUCUCAACAACUCCGACGACAUCACUUUCGAACCGGCCUCGGGCUACUACGAACCGAUCAGGAGCGACGACAUGGACGCUGAUAGGAACGGCACCAGCCCGAAUGGCGCGUCCGCGAGGUCGUCGCGCGGCAGCCAGCUGCCUUCAUUCUCGAGGGCCUUUGAUAUGUUCAUGGCGAACCCUGCAGGCUCAGCUGCAGGCUCUGGCAGCACACUAGGGGGCGGCUUCUUCGUCCCGUCCUACCUCGCAGGAUCGACAUAUGUCCAGCGGCUGGAGGAAACACACUUGGCAAAGUUGCGGGCGCAGAAGGAGUCCCAAGCAACCCAGGCCCAGUCUGGUGGGAGCUUGCCUACGAGCGCAAGCAGCGUCAGUCUUCACAGCAAGCCGAGUGCCCAUCGAGGGGUGAAUUACGAUGUCAUUGAGAAACCCCCCGCCUUUGAGGAAGACGAAGCGUUUGCCCCUUUACCCACGAGAUGGAACAGUCUCGACAAAUAUGGUGCUUUGGAUAUCCUCUCAGACGGCCUCGAGGUCAGGUACAUCGGCCCUAGGGGCCAGACAGAGCGCGAUCACGAGGCUUUCUGCAUACGUGCCGACAACCCCAUGCCCCCGCAGUGUGGCAUCUACUACUUCGAGGUCAAUGUAUUAUCGGGCAAGCGUGAUGACAUGACUAUCGUUAUCGGAUUUUCAGGCAAGAGCGUGGGACUUGCGAGACCCCCAGGUUGGGAAGCGGAUUCUUGGGGCUAUCACAGUGAUGACGGCCACUGUUAUGCCGGUCAAACCGCCGGAAAGCCUUACGGACCCUCCUUCACGGCGUCUGAUGUGAUCGGCUGUGGUGUCAAUUUCCGGACUGGCGAAGUUUUCUUCACAAAGAACGGUGUACAUUUGGGCACCGCUUUUCGCGAAGUCGGAAAAGCAUGUAGCCUUUACCCGACAGUUGGAUUGAAGAAGUCGGGAGAACACGUCCGUGUCAACUUCGGUCAGACGCCCUUCUUUUUCGAUAUUGACGGCAUGAUGACGCAAGAAAAACAGCGGGUUCAGAGUGAAAUCUCGCAGACUAGCACGGCGAGCCUGGUGCCAGCGAUGAAUGAGACUGAGCUGGUUCAGGCACUUGUUCUGCAAUUUCUCCAGCAUGAUGGUUACGUCGAGACGGCGAGGGCAUUUGCGGAAGAAAUCAAUGCCGAAAAGAAGGCACUGAGCCUCGACCCGGAUGCUCCCAUUGAAGGCAUCAAUGUUAAGGACGACGAGCAUGCCAACAAGCGACAACGGAUCCGACGAGCUGUACUAGAGGGUGAUAUUGACAGGGCGCUUAAGCACACCAACGCGUUUUACCCUCAAGUUCUCAAAGACAACGAGCAGGUUUACUUCCGGCUACGGUGCCGUAAAUUCAUUGAGAUGGUCCGGACCGCCGCUGAAAUGAGAGCCGCGUCGGAGACAAAGAAGAGCAAUGGCCACAAUGUCGACAUCAGCGCCCAGGCAAUGGACCUUGAUGCUAAUGGCACCGAGAAUGGGGCCUGGGAUCAAAUGGACACGGAACACUCCACCGAGGUCCCUCUCGAUAUCAACGAGCUUGAGAUUGCGACUCUACAAUACGGGCAGGAGCUUCACGCCGAGUUCAAGGACGACCCCAGACGAGAGGUCACCAAGCACUUGGCGGACAUUUAUGCCCUUCUUGCGUAUGCAAACCCUCUGAAAGAGAAGGACGUCGUCCACCUACUCGACAGAAAAGGCCGUCUGGCAGUCGCAGAGGAGCUCAACUCGGCGAUUCUUUUGUCGUUGGGUAAAUCUUCUCGUGCGGCUCUCGAAAAGAUUUACGCCCAGACGAGCGUUCUAUUGGAUGACCUGCGGGAAAAUGGCGGACCAGGCGCCUUCGUCUCUUUACAGGACGUCAUCGAAGAGAUACCAAAAUCUCAGCCUUUUUAGAGGGUUUGGCGGCUCCGAACGCCUCGACUCGACGCGUUUCCAAAGAGCGCCCUCCACCCCAAGGUUGCCGGGUUACUUCCGAUGGCAUUCCACUUUUGUGUGACAUUUAGACCAUGCUUUGCUUUCCAAUCCCUCACCUUCCUUUUCCUUACAAUCAUAUCAUCGGCGUCAGGCUUAGUUAUGGAGUGGGAAAGAUAACUCUACAGCCGGCUUUGAGGGUUCCUGCAUUGGCUGAUGCGGCGGAUGGGUAGGGUAGUCCACAUAGGCUUCACUUGGGGCGUCUGACGCCACCGCACAAAUGAAUACGUUAUCAAUGAGUGUCUUGCCGUUUGGUGUUUGGUGUUUGCU